UGAACAUGAUGGGCGCACCGUGUAUAUAAGAAUAGGUAGAGCCCUUCAGGGUAGUUAAAGCCAUUCCAACCUCAAAGUUUGGCAUCCUUAUCUCCUAUUAGAGUCCAGCGUCUAUCCCAAAAUGAAAGCAAUUUCAUCCUUGGCUGCGCCUCUCCUAGUUGAUGAGAAUCAACACCACAAGUUAGAGGAUGUAGAGUCCAAUUGUUAUGAUUCCAAUGAAGGCACCUCCUCUGUCUUCUCCACCAUUUUUAAUGGACUCAACACUUUGUCAGGAGUUGGCAUACUUUCAACACCAUAUGCAUUGGCUACAGGGGGGUGGCUAAGCUUGGUCCUCCUCUUUGUUAUCGCCUUGGCAACCUUUUACACAGGCUUGUUGAUUCAAAGAUGUAUGGAUGCAGAUUCAACUAUCAAAUCCUACCCUGACAUUGGAGAGCGCGCAUUUGGAAAAAAAGGCAGAUUGUUAGUCUCAGUUUUCAUGAACGUUGAGCUUUACUUAGUCGCAACAGGGUUCCUGAUUCUAGAAGGAGAUAACUUACACAAUUUGUUUCCAAAUGUGGCGCUUGAAGCAGGAGGUUUUAGAUUAGGUGGAAGACAAACCUUUGUUAUAGUCGUCGCGCUUGUAAUUCUGCCUUCUGUUUGGGUGGAUAAUCUGAGCAUGCUUUCUUAUGUAUCUGCAAGUGGAGUUUUGGCUUCUGCAAUCAUCCUUGCUUCAAUUUUUUGGACUGCAGCUUUUGAUGGGAUUGGAUUUCAUGGAAAGGGAACAAUGAUAAAUUGGAGUGGGAUACCAACUUCUGUUAGCUUAUAUGCAUUCUGUUACUGUGCUCAUCCAGUCUUCCCAACUCUGUACACUUCUAUGCAGAAAAAGCAUCAGUUCUCCAAUGUUCUAAUUCUAUGCUUUGUCUUGUGUACCUUUUGUUAUGCAUCAAUGGCGAUUUUGGGGUACUUGAUGUUCGGAUCUGAUGUUCAGUCGCAAGUGACGUUAAAUCUUCCAACAAAUUUACUCAGCUCAAGAGUGGCUAUAUACACCACCCUUGUCAAUCCCAUAGCCAAAUAUGCACUGAUGGUUACGCCGAUUGUGAAUUCUUUGAGGAGCAGGUUUCCAAACCACUAUGCUAAAAAGCCUUUUAGCCUCUUCAUCUGCACUUCUUUGGUGAUCAGCAAUGUUGUGGUAGCUUUGGCUAUCCCCUUCUUUGGCUAUCUCAUGACACUGGUUGGAGCAUUUCUAAGCGUCACAGCGUCAAUUAUACUGCCAUGCUUGUGUUACUCAAAGAUUUCAGGUAUCUAUCGAAGAUUCGGAUGGGAAUUGUUAGUCAAUGGAAGUAUAGUAGUCCUGGGUGUUGCAGUUGCCAUCACCGGUACCUACACAUCUCUUAAGCAAAUAAUAGGCCAUUUGUAACGGUUAGACUAUUCUUUACCGAUGGAGGGCAUUCACGUCUAAUUUUGUUGUAGUUGUUUAUGAUAUGAGCCAUAUCAAGCUGAAGUGAAGUUGCAGAAUUAUAGUUUGUUGAGCUUAAUUCUGUUAUGGUAGUUAUCUGUCAACUUUCAUUAAACUUUCUGUCACGUGAUUAGUUGGAGUCUUAUUGGACAGCUGUCAAUCAACCAUUGGUUGUUAUAGUUGUUAUAUAAUACUACUGAGAGUCAUGGUAAAAGGCAGUCAUGAAAUGAAUAAGAAAACAUUGUUCUGUUCUUGUGCU